AUGCCAGAUCAAAAACUAGACUCAGAAGCUGUGGCUCGUCGCCGUCAAUCUCUUGCUAAAGAUACUUACUGGACUGAAGCCAACCAAGAGAUCCUGCUAGGCCCUUACAACUACCUGACAAAUUUGCCUGGUAAGGACAUGCGCGGGCGGCUAGUAUUGGCGUUCAAUAUGGUGUUACAGGUUGAUUCGGCUGCCCUGGCCAUCAUUAGUGAAAUCAUAGGAAUGCUACAUACUGCAUCUUUAUUAAUCGAUGACGUUGAAGAUUCUGCCGAUCUGCGGCGUGGUUUCCCUGUUGCACACUCCAUCUUUGGCACCGCACAAACAAUCAAUACUUCGAAUUAUAUCUACUUUAUGGCCCUUGCUAGGGUCCGUGAUUUACAUUCAGACAGAGCCGUAGCCAUUUUCACAGAUGAACUGUUAAAUCUGCACCGUGGCCAGGGUCUUGAUCUGUACUGGCGCGAUACGCUUACUUGUCCAUCUGAAGAAGAAUAUAUCGAUAUGGUGAUGAAUAAAACUGGAGGAUUAUAUCGACUUGCUGUUCGACUUAUGCAAGAAAUUAGCAACGUGGAAAUUGAUUUGAUUCCAUUGGCAAACGUGUUUGGCAUCAUAUACCAGAUCCAAGAUGACUAUCUUAAUCUACAAUCGAAAAAUGGUUUUUGUGAAGAUAUCACUGAAGGCAAGUUCUCGUUCCCAAUUAUCCAUAGCAUACGCGCAGCUCCGGGCAAUAAGGAAUUACUCAACAUUCUGAAACAAAAAACCAAAGAUGUAUCGCUCAAGACUUAUGCUGUUGAGUAUAUGGAGCGCGCAACCAAUACUUUUGCUCACACGCGGGCCGUGCUGGGCGAGUAUGGAGCUGUUGCAGAGGAAAUCAUUGGCGAGCUGGAAGCGGAACACAAUGUAGACGCCGAGGCUCUGCGGCGGAUUCUCACCGUGAUUCGGAGCAUUGAAUAG